AUGAACAAUGUUUAUCACCUCAUCCAUGUAGGCCGUGGCUGCAAUUUGCCCAACUCUAUUUGUCUUUGCGCCAGUCUGUCUGUGCUUUUGCUCUUUCGCCGUCUGUCUUUGCCUGCCUUCCUCUUCAAACAUUAUCAGAGUAAUCAUCACAAGGCUCCCGUCUCUAACCCCCUGGCUCCCCCGUCGCCCUUGAGCACAUCGUCUUCUCUCGCUUCACUUCAUUCUCGAUACAGCCACUCGUCGACCCUACCUGCCUUAGUACCCAACUAUGUAUGCUCUCGUCCUAAUAGACAGUCUGCUCUACUGCUUCAGAUAAUAAUCAGAGCAGAAAUUAGGCUCAGAUUGGCUCACUACUCCCCGGCUGCUUGCCAGCCCCUCUGUACUCUUCAAUUCUCCCAGUCCCUCACCUGGUCAGUGUACAUGCCAACUAGACACACGCCGGCCAACGGCGGAUUCGGACUCGAGACUAAGCCACUGACGCACUAG